AUGUCACCCAACAUUUGGAUGCUUUGCUUUUUGUGUUUUGGAGAUCUGUCUGUGACUUUCUGCUUGUGUCCUUCCCAAUGCAUCUGCACUUUCCAGAGUUACAGUGGUGAACUCAUGACAAGGGCUGUGCUUUGUAAUGAUCCUGAAAUGACUCUGAUUCCAAACAAUGUUCCAGCUGAAACAGUAAAACUAGUAAUUGAGAAAACAUUAAUUAAACAAAUUUCCACCCAAGCUUUCUCUUCUAUCUCCAGUCUGGAGUACCUUUGGCUGUCCAGUAACUCCAUCAGCAGCUUCGACAGAAAGAGUCUGCAGGGCGUGAUUGGUCUGAGGGAACUUCAUCUGGAUAGAAAUGCACUUGCAACUUUUCCAUGGGAAGCCCUUUCUUAUUUGCCACAACUCUGGCUCCUUGACUUACAUGGCAACGUUCUUCAAUCAUUCCCCAGCCAAGCAGCCACUUAUUUCAGAAAUAUUACCUACCUGGAUUUAUCAGGAAACAGGCUGACUACCCUGUCUUCCAAAGUGAUUUCAACAUGGCUGACUCCUCCAAAGGUGCCCUGUGCACCUUCAUCAACUGACAAUUCAAAACUUAUCAUAGUAAUACAGGACAAUUCUCAUGAGAGAUUAAAGUGGUCUACACUCCAUCUAUCAACUGCAUCCCAUCAGGAUUCUGGAAUAUAUUUGUGCAGAGCUAAUAAUCUGGUGGGUACAUCAAAUGCUUCGAUUUCCCUUCACGUGGUGAACUCUACCAUUGCACUGGCACCAAUCAAAACCACAUCCAAAAGAAUGUGCCUCAUAAAAAUGAGGAAACUGAUGGCUAGGUAUGUGAGUGCACUGAGCAGCACGACAUCACCAAGGGAGUUACGAAGGAGCUCUCAUACUAUAAAUGGGACUGAUUACUUUCUCACGCGUAACCACUGGAUUAAACCAAAUGAAGAAGCACCAGAAAUUGUUUCACAGAGCAUGGAUCCUCCACAAGUCAGUGGCUUAUUGGAAAGGCGAAGAAGUGCUGAUGAUUCUGACAAUAUUACAUCCAGUCAUUCUUCAACACAGCCAGAAGCAGACUGUCUGGUCAGAACUGUAAGAGUUUUAGGGGGUACCUAUCAUAGUGUUUCCCUGGCUUGGAGAUCUCUAAAGGCUACAAAUAUCACAAUUUUUAGCAUUCUUUAUACUACUUUUGGUGAAAGGAAAAUGCAAAGAAUAAAUGUAGGGCCUGGAAAGACCAAAAUCACCAUUGAUGGCUUAAUGCCACAGACCAAGUACGUUGUUUGUAUUUGUCUCAAAGGUCUCAUUCCCAAGAAGGAGCAGUGUGUGAUUUUCUCCACAGAUGAGGUAGCUAAUGCGAGUGGGACUCAGAAACUUAUUAACCUGGUGGUGGUCACAGUGGCCUGUGUUAUUGUGGUCCCUCUUACUCUCAUUGUCUGCUGUGGAGCCCUGAAGAGGCGCUGCAGAAAGUUUCUGAUUAAGCCGCCAGAAGAGGGUUUCCAAAAUGACUCAUACGUCACAUUUGAAAGCCUGUCAACAGGGCCCAAACCCAGCAGCACUGAAGGGGAGUAUCGGACUCGCCAUGAUAAAGAUGAGUCUAACAGACUUCUGUCACCAAGGUCUAGUUUAGACUCUGAAGAAGCAACAAACAAUGAAGUACAACAGCAUGAAUAUUUCUGCUGA